GUGAAAAGCAAACUCCAAAUAUGCCAAAAUCCAAAUUAAUCUUAAAUCUAAAUGGAUAUUGGUUCAACUUAAUAAGUACUGGAUUUUUUACUGUAUGAAAUUGAAUUCAGUGUGUAAAAAAUAGCAACUUCGAGAAAAGGAUUUUUAUGUUUUAUCUAUUUCACUAUAUUAUCGCUAACAUUGUAGUAAACUACAAUCGAAUUUUAGAAUUUCUAAGUAAAAACAAAACAUAUUACUUUAUUUGAAAAAGAAGCGAAUUAGAUUACGAAAUCGAGAAUUCAUCACAAUGGCUCAGAGUUCACAUGGAGGAAGUCACAGACGAAGUAGAGAUCAUGAAAGUUCUAUGAGAUAUACUAAUACUGACUGGGAAGCUAAGGAAGCACUGUAUCAGCGAGAAUUAGAUGAAGCUCGAGCAAGAGCAACGCAAAUGGAGAAAACAAUGCGCUGGUGGUCUGAUUGCACAGCCAAUUGGAGAGAGAAAUGGAGUAAAGUACGUAAUGAGCGAAACAAAGCUAGGGAGGAAACAAAACAAUUAAAAACAAAAGUAGACAUAAUUACAAAAGAAUUAAAUUUAAUAAAAACAGACAAAAGUGAUUUAGAACAGCAAAUACAAGUCCUGAAAUUGGACAAUGAAAAAUUACUUAGUCUUGGGGAACGUAGGAUUGUUUCAUGUGACUUAUCAACAGAAGAUGGUGUUGAGUUAAGAAAAAAAUGUGCUAUUACAAGUCCAAAUGAAUCAGCCAAACAAAGAGCUUCCCUAGAUUCUCACAAAUUCUCCAAUGUUGAUAAUGUCCUUGCAAACAAAUUAGGUGAGAUGAGAAUACGUUUGGAUGAAACUUUCAAGAAUCUACAAACUGAAAAAGAUCAAAAAUCUUUUUUACUAUCAAAGAUUGAAACCUUGACAGCUGAGUUACACAGUGCCAAAAUGGAGUUAGCACAUAGUGAUAGAACUUUAGGUUCAACAGAUUCUAGUCAUAGUGAAAUUGAGAGGCUACAAAAUGAACUACAGGAUGAAGUAGCUGCGAAACAAGUCCUAGAAGAGAAAAUUGCUGAACUUAAAAUGGAGCUAGAAAGGCUAAAAUCAGAAAAUACUAUACAGUGGAGCAAACGUGAACUAUUAGAAACUGAAAACAUAGCUAUAUUAAGAGAAAAUAAAAAAUUAUAUAGCCAAAUUUGUGAAUUGAGAGAGCAAAUUCACAAACUCAAUAGAAUAUCAGAUGGGAGUAUUUAUGGCAUACCAUAUAAUGAUCAUAAUAAGUUGGAUUCCAAUGUGUUGUACAUCAGGAAGAGCAGUGUUAGCCCAAGAUCCCAUGAGUCGAGUAAUGCCUCUUCAGAGGCCAUUGCUGACGCGAAAACGAACACAUCAGGAGAGGACGACGAAUUGGCGAUAAUUGAAAGAAAUUAAGAACACUAAUACUAUUGUAGAUAAAAAGUAAAUCUUUUACCUAUUUUGCCCUUAAAACUUCUUUUGCUUGACUUAUUAUCUGUCAGUGUGUGUUAUGUUUUUUUUGUAUUUCAUUUCAUAAUUUUGAAGUAGGUAAGUAUUUAAUAGUUUAUUUAACUAUUUAUUAUAAAAUCUGAUAAUUUCGUAUCAAUGUGAUGAAAAGGUAUAAACUGCAUUUAGUUCAUUUUCACAGUAAUUAGACAUUCCUGACACAAUCUUAAAACAUGUUUGCUAUGUUACCUUCAUAGAAAGAUACUAACUACCAAUUACCAUUGACAUGCUAUUGGCAACUAAUAUAUCCAUAUUAAAAAUGUGACAGCUCUAAAUGUAAGUAAAUAAAUAAGUCACAGUAAAUUAAAAAUAUUUUUCGUUUCUAAAGGCCGAUUUACAUUAUCUUAGUGUUUAGGAUAGUA